CGAUGGCUGACGCCGCUGCUGGCAAUAAGACCGACCCGUGGCGCGACUGGACGCUGGACUGGUACUUCCACCCGCCCUUCUCCAUCGCCAAGCCCGGCGCCACCGUCUUCGUGGGCAUCGUCAGCAUAGUGCACUCGCUGUGCCACAUCCCGCACCUGCUGAUGUACCGGCGGCUCGGGAUGUUCACGGCCUUCUGGAGCAUCGUCGGCCUGGGACUCAUAUUUGGAGCCGUACUGGAGGACGAGUGGCUGUACGACAUCUGGAUCUGGUACUCGUGCGUGUACGUGCCGGUGAUGCUGGUCACCAUGUACGUGGUGCUCACGGGCGCCGUGUGGGCGCUCAACAUACAGCCCAUGCGCUCCGUCUUCGCCACCGUCGCCAUCAUCUUCUACCUGUUUAUGUUCUACUGUAUCGUGUACGUGAUGAGCGAAAAGCGGAAAAUAUUCACGACGACAACGGCACCGACGCAACUGCCGACGACGCAGUGCCCGGCCUGCCCGGAGUGCACCACGCAGAAGUGCACCACCCCCACCACCGCCAAGGCCGAGACCGACAAACCGGCGCUUCGCCUCAUCCAGUACCUCGGCGAUCGCGUCUGAUCUGACCGCC